AUGGCUAUCGGGGGUUUGAUUUCUCACCGGAACUCCGGUUCUUUCGUCGGCUCCGGGAAAAGAUGUGAGUCACAAGCACGGGGUGCAAAUGCUACAACCUUCUAUGGAAAGUUCAGCACCAGGAUAGCCAGACAGGUUGCGCCCAUCGUCCCAUCUUCCGCUCAUCUUCGAAUUAACUGCCACUUAAAUGGGGUGACUUUGAGACUACCAGCGACUCAUCUUCCUAAGAAGCCGAGAGGCCAAUGGCAGAAUUUCGGGUCUCCAAAGGUCAAUAGGACCUGUGCUUACUACAAAUCCGAGGAGUUUGACAUACCGGUGGAAGCAGCCGUUGAAUCGCUGAACCCGGAAGAUGGUUCCGGUGAGGUUGCUUUAGUGGAAGGGAAUGUGGAUGGAGCAGCUCCAUGGUGGCAGCAGCUUCCUAAGAGAUGGGUGGUUGUACUAUUAUGUUUUACAGCAUUUCUCUUGUGCAACAUGGACCGAGUUAACAUGAGCAUUGCCAUACUUCCAAUGUCAAAAGAGUUUGGUUGGAAUAGUGCAACAGUUGGUUUAAUUCAGUCCUCUUUUUUCUGGGGCUACCUAAUGACUCAGAUUGUAGGAGGAAUUUGGGCAGAUAAAGUUGGCGGCAAGCUGGUAUUGGGUUUCGGAGUUGUGUGGUGGUCAAUAGCCACCAUGCUGACUCCCGUUGCUGCCAAAAUCGGACUUCCUUUUUUGCUCAUGAUGCGUGCUUUUAUGGGAAUUGGUGAGGGUGUGGCGAUGCCGGCUAUGAACAACAUCCUCUCGAAGUGGAUUCCUGUGUCUGAAAGAAGUAGAGCGCUUGCCCUUGUUUAUAGCGGGAUGUAUAUGGGUUCUGUCACAGGAUUAGCUCUCUCUCCUGUUCUAAUAAAUAGAUUCGGGUGGCCAUCUGUCUUCUAUUCAUUUGGGUCCCUAGGUACUAUCUGGUUUGCAUUGUGGCUUAAAAAGGCAUAUAGUUCUCCGGAGCAUGACCCUGAGCUGAGCCCACAGGAAAAGAAGCUUAUUAUGAGUGGUAGUGUAUCAAAAGAACCCGUUACAGUCAUUCCUUGGAAGUUGAUCUUAUCCAAACCUCCUGUUUGGGCACUUAUAAUUUCUCACUUCUGCCAUAAUUGGGGAACUUUUAUACUCUUGACUUGGAUGCCUACUUAUUACAACCAGGUUCUAAAGUUUAACCUCACUGAAUCUGGGCUACUAUGUGUCUUGCCAUGGCUGACAAUGGCUGUUUUUGCGAACAUAGGAGGGUGGAUUGCUGACACACUUGUUAGCAAAGGCCUUUCCAUAACAACAGUCCGGAAGAUCAUGCAAUCAAUUGGCUUUUUGGGCCCUGCAUUCUUUCUCACGCAGCUGAGUAAUGUGAAGACUCCAGCAAUGGCAGUACUGUGCAUGGCUUGUAGUCAGGGAUCUGAUGCGUUUUCCCAAUCUGGUCUAUAUUCCAAUCACCAAGAUAUUGGCCCACGUUACGCUGGGGUUCUGCUAGGUCUAUCAAACACCGCGGGAGUGCUUGCUGGUGUGUUUGGUACUGCAGCAACUGGCUACAUCCUCCAAAGAGGUUCCUGGGAUGAUGUGUUCAAGGUGGCAGUGGUUUUGUACAUAAUAGGGACGCUAGUGUGGAACUUGUUUUCAACUGGGGAAAGAAUUCUUGACUGA